ACGCAGCUGGAGGGUUGUGGCCGUCCGACCCCCCCCCCCCCCCUCCUGCUGUCUCGUCUGUCAACGUUGAGGCGCCGGAUCUCGAAGCGUUAGUAAGCGUCUCAUUGUUCGAUUUUCUUCAUUUUGGUUUAGUUUUCCAUGUCUUUUUAUUGGCUGUAUUUUUGAAAGGAAAGAAAUAAUUAAUUUUGCAUUUUUAGAUUUAUAAUGAUUUUCAUGAUGGAAUCUGCAUUUUUUAAAACGUUUUAUGAUAUUUUCAUUGGUUGUUAAAAUACGAUAUUUUAUAUUUUAAUCUUAAGGUUUGAUAGAUAAUUAACUUAGUAUAUUGGGAAUAAUUAAAUUAGUAUAAUAUUGAUAUAAGUGAGCCUAUAAAGAUAGAAUUGUACCAUUUAUUUCUAACAUUUAAAUUUUUUCUCCUUUUAUUCCACAGUUAUCAACGUGAAAUGCGGGUACACAACAGAUAGUCUUAAGGAUUGUUUUCAUUAAAAAAGAAUAAAAUCUCUAGGACUGUUUUUUUUUUUUAUUUACCCCCAGCCCGAUUUUCCCAUGGCGGUCUCUUAACAACCUUCAUGCUUGUGUUUUUUGUCAUGAAUGAUACUGUGCAUGUAUUUGUAAUGUCUUGCAAUAUUUGGUUCUUCUUUUUAAAUAUAUUUCUACUACUGAAAAUAGUUAAUUAUAUAACUGGUAUGGAAAUAUAAGAAAAAACUACUACUUUCUUAUCUCUUCCUUUGUAGAUUCAGAUGACCCAGGAUUUUUGCGCAUUGAAAGCGUGGCCACCUUAGAUCCCACAGCAGCUUCUCAGAUGUUUGGUGAUGAUUAUAAAGUACCUCCAGAAGCAGCAGCCCUUGGUCUCCCUUUGAAUUUUGCCAGCUCAGUGGGAAAAGAAGGAAAACCAAUACCUGGACUUGCAUCUAGCUCAGUGGGCAGUCCCCAUUCUCCGGUUUCUGAUAAAGUCCCCCAAACUAUUCAGGGCACUGGUAACAAUGACCCGCUCAAAGUAGACCCUUCUUCCACCUCAGGCCUCGGGCUUGACGCACCCAAGGUAGAGUCCUCCACCUCUGGGAUGGGGCAAAAUGUUCCUGGCUCAGAUCAGCCACAGUUGCCAUCAGAGACUGCCUCGAAGCAGACAAAACCUGUUGGAAAGCCGUCUGUUGUGACACUGGAUGAAGAUGAGGAAGAAGGCUCAGAGGUCUGUUGGAAUGGGAGGCCGCAGAAGCCCCCACCUGGAUUGGCUACUCUACCUAAGUUUCCUCCAACAGUGCCGGUUCCAAGUGUUUUUGAAGCAUAUCAACCAAUGAACAUUUUCCGGAUCUUGAUAACCAAACUUGCACCAGAAGUUUUCAAAUGCAUGCAUCCUGGAUGUGUCUUUGUAGAUGAUGACCCUGAGGCUUUCCAAGAGCACAUUGAAUUACAUGGUGAAAAUUUCAGAUGUUGUUAUUGUCUGAUAGUAAUGGACACUUCGAAAAAGCUGGUACAACACGUUAUAACAGAACAUAGUCAUUGCCAGUUUCAGUGCAAAUAUUGCCUGUAUCGGGCAUUCACUAAAAUCUACAUGGGAGUUCAUCUGAAAAAUUUCCACCCCGAUGUCGAGCCACGCUACAUCAAAGUUGGUACAAUUCAGUCUCAGCAUCCACCAAAUCCUCCAAUUGACCAGUUUGUUCGGCCAUACAAAUGUAGCUACAAAGAUUGUCAGUAUCGCACUGUGGAUGCAGAAGCAUUCAGAACCCAUGUUGUUGGUAACCAUGGUCAGUUUGCUGUACUUAGCUGUGAUUUCUGCCACAAACAUCUUCAUGUUCAACCCUUGAUAUAUCAUAUGCGAGAACACCAAAUGAAUGAGUACCAGUGCCCGUACUGCCUACAUGGAGAUGCCGAAAAGGAGCGCCUACUCAAUCACCUUCUCAACUGUCAUCCUGGACGCCCCGGGAAGGUACUUCUCCGUAAACAGAUAACCACCUCCAGUGCAGGUAGUCCAAACGUAAACAUAUCGGACAUCAGUGGUCCACCACCACCAUCCUCGUCUCUUCCUCAAGAUCCAAGCAACAAAGGUGAUAAAAAGCAUACGACAAAGCCCGAUGGGAAACCUUCUGAGAGCAGUCCAGAAGGUGCUGGAAACGCAUCACCAACACCAGGAGCCAUGAAGGAAAGACCGCAGAGUCCAUGGAAUGUUGAAGGAAGGAGAAUGUCAAGAAGCUUAUCUCGGGAAUUGGAUAGCAAAGUAGAAAAUGCUGCUAAACAAGGUGACGGAGAUGGUUUAAAUAAGAGUUCAGGCAGCAACAGUGAGGAAGGCUUUUCAUCCCCAAGCACAGAGAAAACAGGAUUAAGCAGUCAUGCUCUCUACCGUUGUGGUAAUGAAGGUUGCGAGUACUCCAGUGCAACUCAGGUUCAUUUACGGGAGCAUCUCCAAGUGUGCAACUUCGCCCAAGACUCGACUGUACUAAGGUGUCAUCACUGUGGGAAACAGUGCCGACAUUUAAGCACUCUCUUUGAGCAUCUUCGGGUCCAUGGGCCAAAGAGGUAUCGCUGUGGAGUGGCAGGUUGUGAUUAUAAAGCAACCAUGGUCCAUUACUUCAAAAAUCAUAUGAAACAGAUCCAUAAAUGUUCAGGUUUUAAGCAGGUCUUGAAGGACCCAAAGAUCAAAGAUCCAGAAACACAAGAGUACAUUGUGUAUCCUAAAGAUGCAGUACCACCUACUAAGGAAUCCCAUAGGAAACGAAAGAAUGAAUAUGCCAUUGAAGAUAUUGGUCGAAUCCCCAAGGCACAUGUCUCCUAUCAAGAUCUGAAAUGCUACUAUUGUCAUUUUGUUUCUAAAGUGAGGUUAAAUUUAAUAAAGCAUAUCAAAUUACACGAAAAAUACCCAGAAGGUAUCCCCAAGAGGUUAUUCUUAAGUGAAGGUGAGACAAGUCCAAUCCCAACAAAACAACCCAUCAACCCAGUGCCGUGCUUGGAAAGAAAGGAACUCAUGUUUGAUAAGAUGAUGAACCUGGCAGGUAGCAGCUUUGAAGCUAAGAAGAAGAAAGAGGAUAUAGAUAUGAGAACUAAGAAUCCCAUUCCAACAGAGGAGUAUGAAAAGUUGCCCAAGUAUGUUCCUGAUGAAAGGUUGCAUUCGUGUGGUAUUGAUGGAUGCAACUACUUGUCUUGUGAUGACAUGAUGUUGAAGUAUCACAUUCGCACUCUGCAUGCUGAUAUUACAUCGUUCCCUUGUCCACACUGUACUGAUAUAACAAUUACAGUUGAAAAAAUAAGCUCCCACUUCAAGCUGCAUGGAGACAGGCUUUACAGGUGUGGAUGGUGCUCGUAUAUAUCCUACCGAAGAAAUGUUGUCGAACGCCACAUGAAAGAAAAACAUCCGACUAAGAAGGCCUUUGAUUUUGUUAUCCGAGAGCCAGAUGAAGCAGAUGGUCAAAAGAAACAAGAAGAAAAGAUAGCAGAGGAGCCUGCAGCACCAGUUGCUCCUCAAGUUCCCCAAGACCCACAGUGGCAGUGUGGAUUGUGCAAGUUCUGUUCAGUUACACAACAGGAGAUGGUAAACCACACAAGCCUUAAGCAUGCUAUCAAAAGUCAGUAUAAAUGUGGCUACUGCAACGUCAGAUCAUCAGUACGAGCCAGCUUCGAUGCCCAUUUUGCUGCAAAACAUCUUUACCAACCGUUUAGGGUGUUGUGCAUGUAUUAUCGGAUAGAUUCAGAAGAUAUUGAGCCCAUCAGUCAGGGUAAUGGACAACAUUCUCACGAGCCCCUGUGGAAACGUAAUGACCCUGAGCGUAUUCGACACAUCCGCGGUAUUUUGAUAGACGACGAUCCAGAGACUAGAAAGACAUUAUUGAAGCAGACAGGUACGGGAAAACCAGACAAGGGAGAGUUUGUGUGCCCUAUGUGUCGGUCAUUCAAGACAGCUUGUGUUGCAACCUUCAGGUCACAUCUUUGCCGAGAAGCUGACUAUCUCAGGUAUGAGUGUGCAGAGUGUGGUGUAAGCAAUGCACUGCUUCCCAGUUUACAGCGUCAUUUCACAAAAAUGCAUCACAAACCAUUUACCCAAGAGAGCUAUGUUAACCUACCUGUGGAAGAUGAUAAAGAAAAUUGGGUUGAAGGUGUGAUCAGCCAUCAGGAACAGCUAAUCAAAAGUUGGCCUGAAAAGACUGGACUUGAGUCAUCAGAGCAACCAGGGACAGUGACAGCACAUCAACCAGCCCCAGCAAAGGCUUCCACAUCAAGACGUUCCUCAGCCAGUUCUGUAUCAAGUGCCCCUUCAAGUGAGGGUUCCUCUCAGCAAGGCGUUGUGCUGCACGACUCUGGUAGUGAACGCGGACGAUUCGUCUGUGAUACUUGUGGGUCUGAAUGCCGCUCAGCUGCAGGACUGAAGAGUCACACCACAGCCAUGCACCAGGCCAGGUUCAAGUGUCAUUACUGUCCAUUUGCAAGCAACACUGAAGAUGCAGUAAAGCAGCAUUGCACUGUCAAACAUCCAAAGUUACAGAGUGAAGUGAUAGAUGUUUCACAGCGUUUAAAGCCUCAGAAGACUGACGACACUGAUCCUGCUGAAGUAGAAAAUGUUAUUAAAGAAGAUUCCUCAGGUUCUGUCAUCCCAACAAAGGAGGAAGAAAAAGGAGAUACAUCAGACGAGAAGAUUACUAGUAAAGAGUCAGAGUCCGUAGAAGUUAUUACAGACAAGGGAGAUAAACCAUCUGAAGAAAAGGGUAAAACUGAGGGGGGAGAUACUCCUGAGGUAACAAAGACUCAUAAGUGUCCAUUCUGUCCAUUUGUAAGCAACACCACAUCAGGCCUGAGCCACCAUAAACGCACGAAACAUGCUGAUAGAAGACUCUUUAUGUGUCUUCAUUGCAAUGCCCGUUUCAACAACUCCUUUGAUGUUGUACGUCAUAAUAAAUGGAAGCACUCACACCUUAAACCUCAGUUUACUCACCUACAGGAAGAGCAAGCAAGUAGUGAGACUCCUAAAACAGAUGGGGACGCUACAAGUGCAGACAGUAAUGACAGUUCAUUAACAACAGUCAUAAAAGACCCCACAUCAUCUGCAAGUGGUGGGAGCUCACCACAGUGGCCACCUGGCCCCAAGUCAAAGAAGGGUAAAGCCAGAAAAUCAUUCCCAAAUGCAAAGUCGUUGUUAAAAGUUUCUGCAGGAAAACCUGGAACAGAAGCAAAGGUGGAUAGUAUACAACCAGUGUCAGUAGUCAGUAAUAGUGAGCAGCAGGUGACAUACUCCUGUUGUCAUUGCAACCAGCAGUCUAAUAAAAUUGCAAUGGAAGAGCACAUGAAAAAGCAACACAGGGAUCUUCCAUAUCAAGUUCGAAGGGAGGAGGGAGACAAAGUCUUCACAGAAGUUCAUGUUUACAAAUGCAUUCAUUGUGUUGUAGAAAGCAUAUCCCUAGCACAAGCAAUGGAUCACUGGAUUCAAAAUCAUGCUUUGCUUGAUUUUAAAUUCCAAAUGGUCAUGAGGCAUUGUGGAGAAGUGUCAAACCAGGUAGUUACGAGUACAACUGAAGACCCUCCGCAGACCACCUUGGUUGACGAGGUAAAAGAUUCUGUUACACCUGAAGCUGACACUAGCUUGAGUUCUGCAGCUGGGUCCAGUGCCAUCAUCAGCAGUAGCUCAGAGGAACAAAGUACCAAAGCAUUGAAACCUCUGAAUAUAGCCAAGAGAAGAACAAGUGGCAAAGAAACAAAGUCUCCUGUGCAGUUUAACCCUGACAGUGAGGAUGAACAGAUUGAAACAUCUGAAAUUGUUGAUGAGCCACUGGUUCAGACCAGCUCUGAGUUAGAUGAAGAUUGUUUUGUUUUCAAGUGUGGACUGUGCAAGAAAAGUAGUGCUAAAUUGGAGGAAUUGGAAGCUCACUUCAGUAAAAUCCACACUGAUAGGGAACUAAAAUACAGGAAAAUGCGUAAAGAGGCAUUUGAACAGAUUUACAGAGCUGAAUAUGAGUGUGGCCACUGUGGGGAAAGGGGACGCCACAUUGUGUUGAAACGACACCACAAAACAGCUCAUCUGAAUCUGCCUUUUAAAGUUGUGCGCGUUAACCAAAAUAUAUACUACAGGUCUGGAUUUACUUUUGUCAUUCUGCAGUAA